GGCUCCCGCUGCCUUAGGUAACGGUGGCGGCGACCGAGCAGCGAUGGAUCUGGAGCAGGCGAAAUCGUUCACGGACCGCUGUUCACAGUGUGCUGCUGUCUCCUGGGGCCUUACUGAUGAAGGAAAAUACUAUUGCACUUCCUGCCACAAUGUCACAGAUCGGUCAGAGGAAGUUGUGAGCACUGCAGUUAUUCCCAACACCAAGAUCAACUCCAUCUGCAGGGGGCUGAGGAAGAGAAGCAGGCAUGAGAAAGGCUGGGAUUGGUAUGUGUGUGAAGGUUUUCAGUGCAUACUUUACCACCAGGCGGAGGCCCUGAAGACCCUUGGAGUAGGCCCAGAGCUAAAGGACAAAGUUUUACACAAUUUUUGGAAGCGUUAUCUUCAGAAGAGCAAGCAGGCCUAUUGUAAAAACCCAGUUCGUACAAGCAGAAAGAAAGCCAAGGUAUUGGAAGACAAUCAGCAGAGUUCAGAUUGGGCCAGUGAACUUGAGCUGCUAAGUGACACCUCCUAUGCCCUUGAAAGUGGAGCAGAGUUCCAGUCUGAGCCCCAGAUUCCAAAGCCUUUCCCUGUCACCAAAGCAUCACCAAAGUCAGAAGCCCCAGAUGUCUGUUCUGGAUCUGUUGAUGGAGUGGAAUACUCAGAGUGGAAGGAGAAGGGUGUCCUGAAGAUGACUGUACCCAGGACCCUGGCUCUCUGCUCUCUGUCCUUGCUCUGGCAGAGAGAAACCAUUACUCUCUCUGACCUUCUGAGGUUUGUUGAAGAGGACCGCAUUCCAUACAGAAAUGCUUUUCAGCUUUUUCCAGAAGAGAUGAAAGUCUAUGGUCGCGAUAAAGGCAUCUUUGCUAUCGAGUCUUGGCCUGACUAUGAAGACAUCUAUAAAAACAUGAUUGAAGUCGCCAUAUUUUUAGAUCUACCUCGUUUUCCAGACAUAACUGAAGAUUGCUACCUUCAUCCCAACGUCUUGUGCAUGAAAUAUUUACUGGAGUUCAAUCUCCCUGACGAAAUGCACAGUUUGACCUGCCAAGUGGUAAAGCUGACUGGAAUCGGAGAAGUGGACUUCCUGACAUUUGAUCCUAUAGCUAAAAAGAAAAGGACAGUUAAAUAUGACGUGCAGGCUGUGGCUGUCAUUGUGGUAGUGUUAAAACUACUCUUUUUGCUGGAUGACAAAUUAGAAUGGUCUUACGCUGGGCUUGCUGAAACAUAUAAUGAAGAACACAAAGAAGAUAAACCGCAGUUUGAUUUCAGAAAAUGGUACCAAGUUAUGAAGAAAACCUUUGAUGAGAAAAGACGACAGUGGGAAGAAGCAAGGGCCAAAUAUUAUUGGAAAACCAAAAGACCGAUCUACCGUUCGCACAUCGACAAGUCAGUCGCGUAUAAGAGAAGAGAAAUGGUGAAGAAUCUUCAGAAGCAAUUCAGUGCCCUGCUCGGCACAACACCUGUGGUGGAAAAGAAGGCCCCUUCAAGUUUUCAGUUCAGCUGGACUGAAGGAGACACCGAUAGCCCUUGUUUCCAUGGACAUAGCCUCCAGGGACUCCUGAUAACGAAAGGCCAGUCCUUGAUAACCAAGAACUCACUGUAUUGGCUCAGUACCCAGAAAUUCUGCAAAAGCUACUGUAAACAUGUGACAACCUAUGAAGAGUCAAACUUUUCUCUGAGUUACCAGUUUAUACUAAACAUCUUCUCGUUCUUACUAAGAAUAAAGACUUCUGUUCUCCAUGAAGAAGUGAGCUUAAUUGAAAAGAAUCUUUUUGAAAAAAAAUACAAUGAAUCAAAAAGGAGGUCAAGACCCAAAAAAGUAAGAAGACACUGAGAACCAGAGAAGGGCAUGCUCUAUAGGAUAACAUCGGAUCUUAGGGAAUUGUGGGAAACACAUUAUUCUAUACAUAUACAUAUUGAUAUAUAUCUUUAUAUGCAUUGUAAAAUAUGUGAACUUUGAAUUAUUUUCAUAAAUGUUUUUUUCAGGAAAGUAAAAAAUUGUGUAAAUGACACCUGGAAACCUGUAUUCAUUGGAUUUUAAAGCUCAACUUUCUUUUUCCAAGAUGGGAAUUAGCCAUUUAGUUCAGACCGAGAACUCAGUGUGCAGCUGAGGCUAGCCUGGAAUUCACUAUUGUAGCCCAGGCUGGCCUCAAUGCAUCUCCAUCUUGAAUCAGGGAUUGCAAGCAUGCACCAGCGUGACUGGCUUUGAAUUUGCUUCUUAGAUUAGAUUAUGUUUCACUUUAUUUAUAAAGCUGAUCCCGGGUGGGUCAAAGAUCUAAACAGUGUAAGUAUUCACUUACACAUGUGUAAGGAUGCUGAGGACACAGGAUGAUUGAUGCUGGGUCUGGGGAAGACCUGAGCUUAUCUCAAACUGGAAGCCACAAGAGAAGAUGAGCAGCAUCACCAUGACAAAUGGCAAACAGGGGCAGCGUGUCUGAGCACACAGUGGGCAGAGGAGCACACGGGCGGCGUGUCUGCGCACACAGUGGGCAGAGGAGCACCCGGGCGGCGUGUCUGAGCCACAGUGGGCAGAGGAGCACACAGUGGGCAGAGGAGCACCCGGGCGGCGUGUCUGCGCACACAGUGGGCAGAGGAGCAGUUUAUUUGAUACAGCAAUGGUGCUUGCAGAGCAACCGGGGAAAAACGGGGCAAUUCAAAGGCCAAGCUGAAAAGGCAUGAUACUCAAGCUCACUUAGAGGGAAGAAAUAACGAAUGAGCCGUUGUUUUCCACGUGAUCAACUGGCAUGUGGUGUAAAGACUGUAUCAUGGCGAGGCUGUGGAAAGUUGGGCCUUCCUAUUCAUUUACUUUCUUGUUGAGAAAUGCCAUGUUCUGGUCACAGUCUAGGCCCAGGGUACAGCACUGAACAUGUGGCCUGCUUUAAGGGUCAUGGAUUGAGUGGAGCUGGUAGUGGUCUGUCUUAAUGGGGAAUGAAACCAACCAGAAACAAAUGAGGUGACUGUCAAGGGAGAAGAAGGGAUACUCUACAAAGCACUAUUGAGAGGGACCAUCUAGAGAGGUGACAUUAGAAUGGACACCAACUUGCAUGAAACACAGCAGAGGGAACCAGCUUGUCAUCUCAGGGAAGAUCACUCAUCACCGAGGAACUAAACACAAAGGCCGGCAGGUUCAAGAACAGCUAGGGAUGUCGGGGUGCAAGAGAAGGGCCAAAGAGGACAGCAUGUCAUUCAAGGCCACAAGAAGAAUUCUUAUCCCAAGUUUAUCAUGGGAAGCUCUGGGAAAAAUAUAAACAAAAACCUAAGGAAAAUCUUUUUAUGUUUGCUGGUUUCAGGUAUUGUUUUAGAAAUCAGUAAUGAGUCCUGUCAUUUUAAAACAAAUUUGGCAUCUCUGAGAUGAUCUGGUGGUCUCGUUUGGUCAGCUCAUGUAGUCAUUUACAUUGACUGAAUUUUAAAUAUUGGAUCAACCCCACUCCCUUCACCUUGACUCACCAUCUGUUUUAUAUAUUAAGUUUGGUUUCUGGGAAAUGUGGUUUUAGAUUUGUUAGAGACAACAUUUUGAUGGCCUUGACUCAGUCCUGUCUCAGCCUCUGAACCAGCUGCGGUUAGAGGCACAGCUGAUAGGCUAAAAUCUCUUCUCAGUUCAUGAGGGACAUUCUGGAGUUUUCUUUUGUAUGGUCUUGGACUUUUUGAGAUCACUAUCAGCAAUGGAUUCUGCUUCCAUCACUGGGACUGUGGCGGUCCUUAGCUCCGAACUAAUCAGGAAGAAGGUAGAUCCAAGAUGGCCACAUGGCACGUGCAGGGGAAGCCCUGACCUGCCUCACAUGGCAGCCAGGUGCACUGACUCUUAGGCACAGGGACCCACAGUCCAGAGCAGCACAUGGCAGUCUCAGAAAUGUAAACGUUUUCAAAGCUGAUACAGCCUACGAUGCAACAAAAACAUCCCAGCUCUCCUGCAUUAAUCUUACCAGUGAAUUUUGACCCUGUUACCAUUUUUUAGUACACAACCACGAGCAUGUGCACGAGAAUGCCGACACACUGCUGCCUAUUCUUAGUAAACCCCCCCCCCCCCGCACACACACUAAAAUAUGUGUGUUCUUUGGUAGUUUGAGACUUGGCAAGAGUGCCCCCUGUGCAGCUCUGGAUCCCAUACACAGGAGCAGUGGGCAUCACUGUGGGGCUGCAGUGUUGGUUUCAAGUGGGUGAAGUGCUUCAUCCCCUAGAAGUGUGGUGGGGGGGGGGCACGUAGAAAGCCUGCCUGCCAUUGACCCUUAGAAGAGGAACCACUCAACUCUGGAAUGGAGGGGGAGAGCCCCGACACCUGGCAGCCAGCAUGGUGAGUUCGCCUGUACAAUGUCUCUAAUUCUUAUCCCCACACCCCAGCCCCAUUUGUAGCACAUCUGUGGCUUGGUGUUCACAUAGAAAAACACUGGGAAGGGCGGCACACCCCGUCUUCCAGAAGACUGAGUUUCCAGGCACAGCUGCUGUACAAGUGAGGUACUUGAAUGCUGCAGACAGUGAAGAGUGGAGGUCUGUACCAAGUGUGGAGCUGGUGAAGUUUUAUUGUUUCUAACUUAAAAUGCCUCUGUGUUCUUGAGAGCUGAGUAAAUUCACACGGUUUAGUCUCUCACAAAAUACACUCAAGGAGCUCUUGUGUGUGUCCAGUUGUUUGCCGCCUUAGUGUGCCAGGUUGAUCUGCUAACACACAUGACCAAGAGGACUCAGUAAAUGAAGAGCCCUGUGUUUUGGCUCACUUGGCCUUUUGCUCUUCUGGGGUGAGUGAUUUCCUUUUGGAACAACCAGUGCAUGCCUUAUGAAUCUCUGCAGGGAAGUGGGGCUCGUGAGCUCCCCAAGGCCUCCUAAAGCCAGCCUGCCACUUGUAUAUGGUUGCCUUUGUCACCACCGCUGCUCUCAGGAGGUGCAUUAAGUGCUCCGUAUCACCUGAAGCGGAAAGGAUGGGGCUGGGUGUGGCUCUGUGGUGGAAGCGCCUACUGCACUAGCAUGAGGACCUGAGUUCGGAUCCCCGGCAUCCAGGUAGAAAACCCUAGCUCGGCAGCACUCAGCUGUAACUGUGGUGCUGGAUCGGAACCUAGACGGGUGGGUCCCCAGGGCUCACUGGCUGGCCUGUCUAAAUAUCAGGGAAGGAGGGAGGGAGGUCUUGGGAAGAAAACUAACCCCAAGGCUAAAUCAGUGGGAGGAUGGAAGGUGUUCUUAGUUUUCUCUUAGAAAUUCCCACCAGAUGGGGCUGGAGAGAUGGCCCAGUGGUUAAGAGCACUGCUUGCUCUUCCAAAGGUCCUGAGUUCGAUUCCAGCAACCACAUGGUGGCUUACAACCAUCUGUAAUAAGAUCUGGUGCUCUCUUCUGGUUUGCGGACA